UGCAAAACUAGUGUAGAAAUAUUCCCUUUUGAUUGAGAUCCCACGAACACACCCUUUUCACAAUUCACUCACACACGAACCUUCCUUAUAGAUUAUAUUCAUUUCUACUACCAAACCUUUCAUUUUCUUUUUCAUUCUCUGCUUAUUAAAUUCAUUCAUUCAUGCUACAAUUUUGAUUUCAAACAAUCAACAAAGUUUUUUUUUUUGAAAGAGAGAGAGAGAGAGAGAAAAGGACUCAGCUUUCUGCUUCCAAACCAAUCACUACUCUUGAUUAAUUGGUUGGUUCAUAAAGAGGAUAUCUUUCAGAGAUUGUGUGUCUGCUUUAUACAGCUAAGACACCAUUCUGUGGCAAAGUUGAUAAAGUCCAAGAGAGACAUAUCUGAAGAGUAGUAAAAAUCAGUCAUAAACAUGGGAUCUUUCAAGGGUCAUGCUUUACCAGGGACAUUGUUUUUUGUAGUUGGGGUAUGGCAUAUAUGGGCCUCUGUAGUAAGAUACGUACGUAAUCCGAAGACAUUUCGAGUCCGUGCCUGGAAUCCUGUACCUGGAUUUGAUGGCAGGCUCAAGCACUUGGAGCUCUAUGUUAUUGCAAUUGGUGCUUUUAUUGACAUGUGCAUUGAGUUUUUGUAUUCAACUCACCUCAAGAUAUUUGUUGGUGGAGUCCUUAACCCUUCUCACAUGAAUGACUUUGAGCACUCAGGAAUGCUUCUUAUGUUCUUUCUCUAUGGUGUUGUUGCUCUACUCAGCGAAAAUACCAGAUUUCUUCCCUUGCAAGAAGGUGUUCUUUGUUUAAUUGCCGCCAUGGCAUUCACUGCAGAGUAUCUUCUAUUCUACUUUCAUUCAACAUCACACAAAGGACUUGAAGGCUAUUACCACACUCUCCUUGUCUUCCAAGUAGGACUAUGUAUUUUAUCUUCGAUUGCGGGAGCACUUUUGCCAAACAACUUUCCAGUUGAUUUAUGUAAUGGCAUCGCGAUAGCAUUGCAAGGCAUUUGGUUCUAUCAAACUGCAUUUGUUCUUUACGGCCCCAUGCUACCGGACGGUUGUAAGAUUAAGGAUAACAAUAUCAUAUGUAAUUCAGUUGACAGCGAGAUUCGCGGCGAAUUGCUUGCUAACUUUCAGAUGUUUUUCGCCGUCCUCGUGGUCCUUGUUGGAACGGUGGCGGCUUAUGGAUAUGCAGCUUCAAGAUAUAGAAAUUCUGAAGUUAACAACUUGCAUACAAUUCAAGAUGGAUUAGAUCAAGAUUGAAGUAGGAUAUGUUUUUUUUUUAAUUUCUUAUAGAACAUGUCUGUAAUCUGUAUAUUGGAGUUAAAAGGUGCAUUUGUAUGAUUACUUAGAGGAAAAAUAUUAUACAUUUUUGUUGUGCAAUGACUUUUAGGAAGUUGUGUAAAAGGAAUAGGAAAUUUAUUCUUUUAUGUGUUGCUGGUUAUAUUUCUUUUCUUGCUGUCAAAUUAUUGAGCAAAAUUAUUGGA